UCCCUAGCAUGUGCAUGACAGCUCAGAGGAGAGCAGGAGGACCACGACGCGCAGGGACAGUCCUCAAUCUCCCACCUUAUUUUUGUCAGCUAAUCACAUUCAUAUACACUGAGAGGAAAAGCUGUGUAUGUUUUGAAAUAUUGGCGAUCAUUGGUUGACAGCGCUCUCGCUCGGAGGAUUCAUCCCGGGAUAUUGAAUGGAAGCGGCGGCUGAAGGGGCGGCCAGCCUGUCUGAGGCCGGGGAUGGGAGUCCGUUAUCUGGGGCAGCAGCAUCCGAGGACGCGGUGACGGCGGACGGCACGGACUGGGACUCUACAUCGAAAAAGGCUUUCAUAACAGAGAUGCCUUCAUCGUCAGGCCAGCCAGCCCAUGGGAAGAAGAUCGGACACAGAGGAGUGGACGCUUCUGGAGAAACCACGUAUAAGAAGACCACAUCUUCAGCACUCAAGGGGGCCAUUCAGCUAGGGAUUGGCUACACGGUUGGCAACUUGAGUUCCAAGCCUGAGCGGGACGUCCUCAUGCAGGAUUUCUAUGUGGUGGAGAGCAUCUUCUUCCCCAGUGAAGGGAGCAACUUGACGCCAGCCCAUCAUUUCCCAGACUUCCGUUUCAAAACCUAUGCUCCCGUCGCCUUCCGUUACUUCAGAGAGCUCUUCGGGAUACGGCCGGAUGACUAUUUGUAUUCGCUCUGUAACGAACCACUGAUCGAGUUGUCCAAUCCUGGAGCCAGUGGCUCAGUCUUUUACGUCACGAAGGAUGAUGAGUUCAUCAUUAAGACAGUCUUGCACAAGGAGGCAGAGUUUUUGCAGAAGCUUCUUCCUGGAUAUUACAUGAACUUGAAUCAGAAUCCUCGCACCUUAUUGCCCAAGUUCUUCGGGCUGUACUGCGUACAAUCGGGCGGGAAGAACAUUCGGAUGGUGGUCAUGAACAACGUUCUGCCCAGGGUGGUGCGCAUGCACCUCAAAUACGACCUAAAGGGGUCCACGUACAAACGACGGGCCUCUAAAAAAGAGCGGGAAAAGGCGAAGCCCACUUUCAAAGACCUUGAUUUUAUGCAGGACAUACAAGAGGGUCUCAUGCUGGAUACAGACACAUACAGCGCCCUGGUCAAGACGUUACAGAGAGACUGUUUGGUCUUGGAAAGCUUUAAGAUUAUGGAUUAUAGUUUGCUGCUGGGAGUUCACAACAUCGAUCAGGCAGAGAAAGAGCAGCAGAUGGAGGGAUCUCAGGGCAACAGUGAUGAAAAGAGGCCGCUGGCACAGAAAGCGCUCUACUCCACUGCCAUGGAGUCCAUCCAGGGAGCGUCGGCCUGUGGAGAAGAGAUUGACACUGAGGACACGUAUAGCUACACAUUUAAUUUCAGUGGAAUAAUCGACAUCUUGCAGUCUUACAGGUUAAUAAAGAAAUUGGAGCAUACGUGGAAGGCUCUAGUCCAUGAUGGGGACACAGUGUCUGUUCACAGACCGUCUUUCUAUGCAGACAGGUUCUUCAGAUUUAUGAGCACUACUGUAUUCAGAAAGACUUCCUCACUGAAAUCCUCUCCGUCAAAGAGGGGUCGUGGGGGUCUGGCUGCGGCCAAAUACAGCGGUCCCGGGGCGGCUUGGUCGGCCAGCCAGCUGCCGUUUGUAAGAGACGAAAACAUCUACGACUUGAGAGGAGCCCAUAGCUUCCCCACACUGGAAGACGAUGGUCGGGCAGAUGUACUUCCCUGCACCCCUCCCUCGUUCGAGGAGGCCACCACAGCCUCCAUCGCCACCACGCUCUCCUCCACCACCUCCCUUUCCAUCCCAGAACGCUCCCCGUCGGACACCUCCGAACACCCGCGCUACAGGAGACACACCCAGUCCAGCCAUGAAGAAACAAUGCAGGAUGAGGACCAGCAAACCAUCACAGUGGAGGUGGAAGUGGAGGGACGAUAUGACAGUGAACCCACCCUCGCGGCUCCCCAGGUAUCGCCGGAGAUCAGUGACGCUACAGAGACGUUUCUAGAAGCCUCGUCCUCCUCCGUCCCGGCGAGCCCCAGGAUAGUGGUAGAAUCUGACGGCGGCAGUCAGGCCUCAGGCUGUACGAGCCGAGCUUCUGUGGAUGAGGAUGAGGAUGUGCCAAUUACAGACAUUUAUUUUUUCUCUGAUGGCAGCAUCUGUGUUUGUCAGCCCGUCACACACAGAAGAAGGCAUGCUCCUCCAGAAGACAAAAGCUGGGUAUAUUCUCCUCUGCACUUCAGCUCAGGGCCUAAAACCCUGCCAGAGGAUGAAGGGGAGAGUGAAACAUAAUCAGACCUCAGGAAAGAGGGGCAGCUACAAAGGUUCGGACUCUUCAGAUGUCCGGAAGCUGUACUGGUCGGACUUUUCGCAACUUAAGCAUCAUUUUCAUCGUCCUUUCACCCAUUCCAUAAACAACACCAAGCAAGUAGUAAUACCAAUGUCCAGACUUAUUUAUGAGUAAUAAUGAAAAUAUUUAUGUUUAAUUAUUUUUUGAUUGUUUUGUGUUUCAUUUAUUGUCUAAUUUACAUACUGUGAACGUAUUUUCCGAUUUGAGCUCUGGGACUCAAGACUUUUCCCAAGAGUGGGUUGUAGGUUAUUAUUUAAAAAAAAAAUUUUUUAGGGGAUUCUUUUUAGUUGUUAAUGCGCCUUGGUUAUCAGGUAGCAUUGUUUGUUUCGUAACUUUUGAAAAAUUUAAGUUCUGUCGCAGACCUUAGAUAUACCCAAACAUGGUUUGCUUUAUUUUUAUUGGUUCUUCAAAAAUAUAUUAAGCCAGCAAUAGUGUUCAGUGUUUCAGAGUUAUGAAUUUCCAAGAAGUGGCUGUUUGAUGUGUGAAAUUUGGCAAUAACCAAAGUCUCAAAAUGUUCUCUUUUUUAAUUUAAUUUUAAUGUAAAAAUUAGGACUGAUAACGGAUGCUGGAUGUUAUAGAAAAUGACAUUUUCCGCAUCACCUGAUCUUUAUAUUCUUGUUUUGGCUUAUUUUUAUACAUUCUGGUCAUUUCAAUUUGUUCCACAGAUUUUCCCGCCAAAAUCCAGUACAAAGUCAUCAGGGCCUGGUUAUUAAGACAUGUUAAACUGAAAGAUGGGACCAAACUUAUGUGGGAGGCCAAAUAUGUAAAACAACUUGUUACCAUAAUCGCAAUCAGAAAUAUUUAAGUUAAAACAUUAAUUUGUAAAUCCACAUGUAUAGAAUUUGUGUGUGUGCCUAUGCAUUGAGCGUGUUUGUGGUUUUGAGUAACCGAGUGUCUCAUUUUACAAUGGAAGUGUGCAACACUGAUUCUUAUAAUGUGCAGUGGCCAGCUGUUAUUGAUAUUGCUGUUGUAUCCAAAAUAAAAGGACUACUGCAGCAAUACAUAUGUAAAGUGUAGCACACACAUAUUUUGGUUGCCUUAAUUAGUUUUUGCCAACCUAAUCCUAUUGUAGUUAUAAACUACCGUAUUCACUGAUUCAGUCUUUCUGGUUCACCAAUGAUAGUGUCUUAGAGAAUUUGUAUAUAGCUCUUUAAAUACAUAUAAAAUCUAUUUUAAAUGUUAUUUGAAGUUUUCUUUUGUAUUUCAUUUUUCACAAGUGGCUUGUGAAAGGUGUCCUAUAGGUCCACACAAACCCAACCAUUCUUCCAGCGUCGAGGACGUUUUCUUGUGUUUGAGUCUGUUUCUUUGUAUCAUAUGUGUACACUUUACAGUUGGGAUUGUAAAGUCUGUACGGUCAAAGACAAUACAACUGUAUCAAUCACUUACUCUGCCAACAGUUGAGCUGUUUGUGUGUGUACGCAUGUAUGUGUGUGUGGUCAAAAAGGUGUGUGCACCCCUAAAUAGCAAAAGAGCAUGAUGAAAUGUGAGUCUAUUGACAUUGAUGUACAGCAUAUACAUUUAUCUCUUUGAAAAGACCACGACCAAUGGACCGAUGUGUGUACAUUUGUUCAGAUCCUUAAAUAAAUACAACUGGUGGACUUGA